CGAACGUUUCAAAUCGAUGGUCCAGCAUCUCUGCUCGUGGAUCACGGCCGCCGCGGGAGAGCCCGUCGGUCGUUUCGACACGCUGCCUCCAGCUUCCGAGCUCUCGUCGCGUCGCGCGUCGAGCUGGGCGCGCCGCGUCUCGUACAAGCAAUUCCUCGUCCUCGACGCCCUUCUCCGCAGUCUCAAUCUCGUUAUCAACAUCUACUCGAUCGCAGCGUUUCUCCAAACCUCGUCGCUUGUGGACAAUCUUCUCAUGCGCCAAGCGUCCUUUAUGGACGAUAUCGUCCAUGGCGUGUACAACUUGACACCGCUUCUGCCCGUUGACGUCAAGAUCCAAAGCAUUUUGCAACAAGGGCAUGCGGGCCAGAGCAAGCGCAUCGGCGUUCGUGAUGCGUCUCUCGCUUUUCCUGGCGGCAACCACUCGCUCAGCUGGUGCAUGCGCGUCAACAUCUCGCUCGGCGUUCAGUACCAUACCAUGUACAACCACGACGGCGUGUCCCGGCGACUGCUACGGUUCGUGCACACCAAUUUACCGCCGAGUUGCGUCGGAUGGACUGUCGCGUCGGGUGGCAGCCACGACGCACCACGCCUUCACGUUGUGGAUGAUGCACGGUCCGGCUACGGCACCUCGUAUCUGCACUGCACCGAUCAACGGUACUACAUGCCACCGCUCGGUCUAGCGGCCAACGUGAGCCAAUUCCGGUUUCGAGCUGGGUACAUCGUCGCCCAGCAGCGCGAUGCGGGAGGUGUUUUGAGUGUCGAGACGCAUAUUUCGCAGUGCAAAGCCGAGAAGAUCGGCGAUUCACUGGUAUACAAGGUGUCGCCGGCGAUCGAGGGCGAUGACACCGAAGACGUCAACAUCCUCUUUGGCCAAAAGAGUCGGUUGCUGACGUUUCUGGACUAUGUCGGUCAGCUCCUUGUGUUUGGCGUUUUGACGCGGGAGCUCUGGCGUCUCACAUCACGCCGAACGACACGCAUCCCGACACAAACGUCGGCGUACUAUACAGCCAUUCUCGACACCCUCCUGCACCGACCGAGGCCGGAGAUUCCAACGCUUGACGCCGGUCGGUCCGUCCUGAGUCUCUCGCAGCUCUGGCUUGCGAAUCCGUGGUAUCUCGUGGGCAACGGGAUGUACGCUAUCGGGACAACCACCGAGGUGCAGACACUUGUCGAAGUCUUCUUCUGGCAAGCGUCGCUGAACGGCAAUGUCGCCGACUUGCUCCAAGCGGCCAUGUAUGCGAUGCGACACGCCUGGGUCUGCGUCGGUAUAUGGACGUUCUUGCGGUGGCUUGUCACAACACGUCAUCUUCCGCCAGGCGUCAUGACAUACCUGGGUCGCCCCAUCCGCACCAUUGAGCGCUACUGUUCGUGUCGAAGUAUCGUGCUCGGCUUUAUCGUUGGCUUCCUCGUCGGAGGCUUUACACGGGGCAGUCUCUACCUCACGGAACGCGUCAACGUUGUCGAUAUGGGCAAUGGCAUGGCCGAAGCUGCGGUUUGGGGCUCGGAAGACAUGACGACGCUACUGAUGUGCGAUACAUUUGGCCUUCUCGUGACAGCGCUCAUUGCCGUGUGCAUGCGAUGUUUGCUGCAGAAAGCGCGCCCCAACCACGGACGCAAUUCGUUUCUACGGGCAAUCGACGCCCACCGACGAGGUUCGGGCUUUGACCUGGCCGAGCUCCUCGUUGGGUCUCGCUCGCUGAGUCUCGGAACGCAUUGGGUCCUUGUUCUGCCGGUCGCCGAUCUCUACCUCGUGUAUUCGUCCGUGAAUCUGUGCGCUUACACGGCCAUGCAGACCCUACCCCGCGCAGCGCCAGGACACGCGCUUCGGUGCGAGACCCUCGACGACGGCAGAACGCUGGCUUUUGUUGACGCCGGCGUCAUCGUGCCGGGUCUUGUAGCGCUGCAAGCGGAGCAUCCCGGCUACGAGUUUUGUGCCGUGAUAUAAAAAAGGACCCCAAAUAUCCAAAUUUGCUUGGACAGCAUAGGUUUGCAAUCCGUAUCGUGGAAAGGACCCUAACCCAAGGCUUGAUAUUUCCUUA